AUGUCAGUAUAUUGUGAUUCCUGGACUCGUCGGGGAUGGUGUCCCCAGCCUCCCCAAUUGCGCACUCAUGUGUCCCAUCAACAAGUUCCAUCUCCACCGUCAGCUCAACCCUCUCACAUAUACAACCGUGUUUCACUGAAUGCAAUAGGAGAAGCAUUUGAUGAUCACAGCAACAAAGAAAAUGUUGCUCCUGAGUGGGAAAUAAUUUUUGAAGGCUCUAACAAGGUUGACGAUGAGGCUAUUGUAGAAGAAAAAAAGGCCCUUGGCCACAAAUUUGCAUCUGGAAAAUUUUCCCCUUGGUAUGGCAAAGGAACUUGCAUCCCAAGCUGUUUGCACCAAGGCCCUCAACAAUUACUCUUCAAAUCUGUGCCAAAGUUACAAUCCAGGGGAACAAGGAAAGGAAAGGAUCAAGGACAUCCCAGUCAAGCCGCUCACCAAGAUGGAACCUUUGAUGAGGAUGAGCCUCCCGCAGAGCCUCCUGCAAGGACUGGUGCCAAGGGUGGCAAGAAAGUUGAGGUUGUUAAAGUUGUGCCCCCUCAAUCAAAACUAUUGAAGUCAAAGGCUGAGGCACCGGACAAAAAUGAAGAUCAUGACACACAGUCUGAUCCUGACACAGGAUAUGAAGACACCUUGCCAGCUCAAAAGCGAAAAAUCAGUGCCAAGGCAUCCAAACACUUAGCAAAGCAAGACGCACACUCCACACAUUUGCAGCAGGAGAACACUACCAACAAACCACAGAAGGCCAAGAAGGCAUUGGCAACGGUCAAAGAGUCACAAAAAUCAUCCCAUACCGAGAGCCUCCCAACCACAAAAGGACAGAGUACCAGCCUUAUGGUUGGCCAGUCAUUGCCACUGACUGAACCCUCAUCAGUAAACAAGUCCCAGAAGGACGCAGGAGUAGCCCUACACAAUGAGUGUGGAGAACAGCUAAAUGUGAAAAGUGGUGUUUCCAAGGAGGGCAGCGUUGACCUGGACAAGAUGUUCAAUCUACAUUAUUUGACAUACAAGACGCUUGCAGCUCAUGCCAAUAUACCAGAGCCUCACGACGCUAUGCAACCCACUACAAGUGCUCCCCCCUUCAUUUCUGUUGCUAGUGCUUCCUUACCCUCUUCAACUGCAGAACAUCCAUUGGUGCAACAUUCGUCUAUGCCUGCUAGGCUUGCUGGCAUUGAGGAGGGCUAUCCUUCUGUUACACCGGGAAAUGGCCGCCUUACUGUUCAAGAUGUUCCUACAGAAGACCUGUAUUGCGUGCCAGGGGAGGGAGCACUUCAUGGCGAGCAAGUGGAUGGCCACUAUGCUACUAGUAGAGAACAAGACAAUAUCACAGCUUUAGCAGGUACUGGCCGUGCUGAAGGCCCAUAUUACACACCAGGGGAGGGGCCACUUUGUGAUGGACAAGGGCCUUUGCAUUAUUCUGUGGAGCAAGUAAAUACGGCAGCUGGAAAGGGAACCUUGCAAGAGCCUCCACUGCCUCUCAACAACUACACAAGUAGUGGCCGUGCUGAAGACCUGUAUUGCGCACCUGGAGAGGGGGCAUGUUGUGUUGAAGAUGGUGCCAGCCACUAUUGGGAGCAAGUGAAUGUGACAGCUGUAAGGGGUAGCUCGCAAGAGCCUCCUCCCCCUGUCAACAACUAUAAAACCAUGGUGGUGGUGCUAUUGCGUCACAUAGAUUAUCGGAAGGCCAGUACACUGACUAUCGACCAAGCAGUUCAGCAAUGGGUGGUUGUAUCAGGGACAAUGGAAUGA